CACUAUAAAACCUCACCCUCGCCGCUCCUAUUCAACUCACUCCACCCAUCCAAUCUCCAAUUCAAUUCCCAACAAUGGCCGCCAACAGAAUCGCCUACCUCAAGAAUGGCGUCCUCCGCUUCCCCCCUGGCUUCCGCUUCCACCCCACCGACGAGGAACUCCUCCUCCAAUACCUCAUGAGAAGAGCCUUCUCACUCCCCCUUCCUGCCCCCGUCAUCUCCGACAUCGAUGGCGGCCGAUUCGACCCAUGGGUCCUCCCAGGAAAUUGGCAGCGGGAGAGGUACUUUUUCAGCACCAAAUUCCCCAAAUUCCCCAAUGGGGGAAGCUUCAUCAGAAUCACUGCCUCUGGGUACUGGAAGCCCGUUGGAAACGACCGUGCUGUUGUCUCUUCCAAGCAGGAUCAGCUCGUGGGGUGGAAGAAAUCCCUGGUGUUCUACGUUGGGAAGUUUCCAUAUGGCAUGAAGACUGAUUGGAUUAUGCAUGAGUAUCGCCUGGUUGAUUUUCCUCCAUCCGCCAUGAAUGCCCAACUUCCCCCCUUCAACCCCAACCUGGUGUUAUGUCGAAUUUUCUUCAAGAAAAGAGACAUAACAAGGGAGAAUGAUGAGAACAACAACGUUGGUAGCAGGCCUGUGCUUCGUAACUUUCUGAGAGCAACCAACAACACUGAAUUGAAUCCCUCUCCUACCUCUUCUUCUUCAUCUGGAUCAAGUGGAGUUACUGAUAUUACUCUGGGCAAUUCUGAUGAUGAUGACGACGAUGAUGAUUAUGAAGAAGAAGACGAUGAAGAAACCAGCAGCUUUUACAAGAACACUUAAAAACAAGCGUAUAGCUUGAAGUAGCUGCUGUCCUUUUCCCAUGAAGCUCUAUAGGCUUCUGGGCAACCUCUACUCAAUCCCCUGUUCUUCCCCCUUCCCAUACACAGUAUAAUUAAAACA